UUUUAUUUUAAAUUUUAAAUAUUAAUUGUUUAAUUAAAUUAUUUUAAAAUAUUUAUACAAUAAUCUUAGCUCCCAAGUUAGAGCAUGUACAACGGGAGUUUUUAAUAAAUCCUAAAGUACAAAUCCUUCACUAUUAACCAUAUAAUAUUAAUAUUAAACUCAUAUUGCUUAAGGAUCAAUCCUUUCCUAAGGAUUUUUUUGCGUGAAUCCUUGUUGACGUGGCAGUUGAGUUUUGUUUAUCGCGUGAAGGGUUUCCCGUGAGUCUCUUCCAUGGAUUGAUCCUCCUUCUAUCUCUCCCGAUCGUCAUCAUCGCCUACCUCUUCGUCUCCGAAGCUCUCGGUAUCCAAAUCCUCAUCUACAUCUCCUUCGCCGGCAUAAAAAUCCGCGACAUCGAGCUCGUCUCCCGCGCCGUUCUUCCACGGUUCUACGCGGCGGAUGUGAGGAAGGACAGUUUCGAGGUGUUUGAUAAAUGUAAGAGGAAAGUGGUGGUCACUGCUAAUCCCAUAGUGAUGGUUGAGCCCUUCGUUAAAGAUUACUUGGGAGGAGAUAAAGUUUUGGGAACAGAGAUCGAAGUGAAUCCCAAAACGAUGAAAGCCACUGGGUUUGUGAAGAAGCCUGGUGUUCUUGUUGGAGACUUGAAGAGAUUAGCCAUCUUGAAGGAGUUCGGGGAAGAAUCACCGGAUCUUGGCCUCGGUGACCGCACCUCCGAUCAUGAUUUCAUGUCCAUCUGCAAGGUCCUCAAGCUUGCAGAAUAUCUUGAAACCUGGGAGAAGGACGACAAAACGAAGCUUAUACUGAUCAAGGGUGCAGGGAGAGCUUUCUCAGCCGGUGGUGAUCUAAAGAUGUUUUAUGACGGCCGUGAUUUAAAGGAUUCUUGCCUUGAGGUUGUUUACAAGAUGUACUGGCUCUGCUAUCAUAUCCACACUUACAAGAAGACUCAGGUUUCUCUUGUAAAUGGAAUAUCAAUGGGUGGAGGUGCAUCAUUGAUGGUCCCAAUGAAGUUCUCUGUUGUGACUGAGAAAACUGUAUUUGCAACCCCAGAAGCAAGUAUUGGGUUUCACACUGAUUGUGGCUUCUCCUACAUCCAUUCACGUCUUCCUGGUCAUUUAGGAGAAUUCUUGGCUUUAACUGGGGCAAGAUUGAAUGGCAAAGAACUUGUAGCAAUUGGAAUGGCAACAUAUUUUGUUCCUUCUGCUGUGAGUUUUUUUUUUUUUUUUUGGAAUGCUUUCCUUAGUUAUAAAUAUAUUCGCGCGUACGUUUUGCUGGAUGAAUUGUUUUUGUUAUGAGAGUAUUUAGUCUUCUAUGAUUAUGUAAUGUGACCUCUCUUGCUUGAUCUUUCUUGAGCCUAUUAUUUUUUUAUUCUUAAGGAUUCCUAAUGAAUAACACUAUUGGACAUACUUAUUUGA